UGUAGAGUAGAAUUAGUGUAACUUUUCCAUACGACCUCCGAUUUAGGUGAUUUUCGCGCCCCCGAGAUCGUAGCAGCGUGUACUUUCCGUUCAUAGCCUUUUUAGAGUUAGUUUCUCCUGUUUAGUGUGUUGUAUUUAGCUGUUUUGUUAUUUCUUUCCGGUGUGUUCUUCGGCUUAGGAGGAGAGCAGAGUGACAGCAUUCAAGACCAAGUUUUCGAAGAUUCUGAGCAGCCAACUUACGAAGAUGGCCCGCACGAGACUGACAGCCCGCAAGCAAGUGGGAGGCUUCACCCCUGCAAGAGCUACCUCAGACGUCACAUGGGCACAUCAGGCACCUGCAGAGUUCCACACCACCGGACUGCAUGCGGGAGAGUUACCCCGCAAACUCUGGUCGAUCCUCAAAGGCUUGGGGUAUCAGGAGGCCCCGGUCUACAAGGGGGUCAGGACGCCACUGAGCAACAAUGGAUAUUCUUGGAUGGUGGAGGUGGCUAUCUACGAGAAGAUCCCAGAUGGCGACGGAUGCAAGGUACGGAGGAUCCAUGCAGCCAUCGCUCCGAGGGAGAGUUUUGCUGCCGGGAUUGGCGAUGCCGCUCGCCAGGCCCUGGCAGUGCUUUGUGCAGAGUACCAUGGCAUUCUUCAGACCACCCCCUACCACUACUACCCUCAGCGGGCCAGUGGUAGCCUGGAAGUCACCUUCGCCCCCUCCAACAGAGAAGGUGAUGCAAGAUUGGUGGAGCAGGUUCGCUUCACGGAUAUCCUGACACGGGAGCUGGACGGAGCCCUCGACGAGUUACACGAUACACACCUGAGGCUCGCCGAAGCUGAAGCAAGAAUUCGAGAUCUGCAAGCAAAGAUGUCAGAGGAUUCGGAGGAGGAGCCAGAGGAGAGGCCUGACCCGGAGCUGCCACACUCUCCUUCCCGCAAGAGGCUCCGCCUGGAAGCUGCUAUACGGAUUUCACCUCAAGAUUUGUCAGAGGGUGGCGACAGUUCCUAG